UCAAUUCAAUUUUAUAAAGAUAGUACUUAUUUAAAAUACAUUAGGUAUUUUGUAAAAAUUAACAUGCAUUUUCAGAUUUUAUAUUUUAUAAUUAUUAUUAAUGUGUGAUAUAAAUGGUUACUUAAAUGGACGAAAUACAAAAACAAUCUCACGAAUUAGGCACUAGGGAUGAAGAUGUGUCCAACGUUAAAAGUUUAAAUAGUUCAAAAAUCUGCAAAACAAAUAUAAUUCCUGAUGUAAGUCUACUAUCAAUAUCUGAAAAUGGUGUUUUCAAUUGUGAUGAGUCAGAAAGUAAUCUCUCAUGUCAUAAAAUUGUGGCAUCAUCACCAUCUAGUCAAAAUAUGCCAUCAUGUUCUUCCUUGGAUUUAAAUAUUAGUAAUUGUAGUAAGGGCUUAAAGCAAAGUGAUGACGUUGAAUAUAUAUGUUAUAAAAAUGAACAACAAAUGAAAGAUAUCAUGCAUUUAAUACAAAAAGAUUUAUCAGAACCUUAUUCUAUCUAUACCUAUCGUUAUUUCAUACAUAAUUGGCCAAAACUAUGUUUUUUGGCAAUGGAUAGAGGUAAAUGUGUUGGUGCUAUCGUAUGUAAAUUAGAUGUGCAUCGAAAAGUAAGAAGAGGAUAUAUUGCCAUGUUAGCAGUUGAUGAAAAUUAUAGGAAAAAACAUAUAGGUUCUAACUUGGUUUUAAAUGCAAUUGAAGCAAUGGUGAAUGAUGGAGCUGAUGAAGUUGUACUAGAAACGGAGAUCACUAACAAACCAGCAUUAAGACUCUAUGAAAAUCUUGGUUUUGUGAGAGAUAAACGUUUAUUCUGUUAUUAUUUAAAUGGUGUUGAUGCUUUACGUCUUAAAUUAUGGCUCAAAUAAAAAUAAUAGAUCUUUAUUAAGCGAUGUACAAUUAAUAUAUUGAAAAAACAAAUGAGAUAUAUCUUAUUUUAUUUUAAAUUUGUUUUAAUGUUCAUUUAUUUAGUUGGAAUAAAUUGUAGUUUUCUAACAGUUAUACCAAUAAACAAUGUUAA